CAAUUCAUCGUUCUCUCGUUUAGUCAGUCUUUCCUUAAAUUAUCAGAUUUGCAGAAAGUGGGCACUACUUUCCCUUCUCUUCGUCGAUUGUAGUAGAAAUCGACUAUACUUCUCUCUCGGUGGAGUAACAUGGCGGAUGCUUACUGGAGAUACACCAGCGGUGGGCAGCAGCAGGCGGCUCCGGCAGCGCCGGCGUCUCUUGCUCCAUUCGUCGCAAAACGGCCUCGAAGCGAAUACGAUGCUCCAAGUGGUCCUGAAUAUCCUGGCUAUUAUGGCCGUGAUGCUGAAAGGGGAAUGCCUCGAGUCGGGAGAGACGCAGAUCCUAUCGAAGCAUCCUAUGAGCGCUACCUCCGUAGUGGGCAAAUUUCCUCCCAUGUUGCCAGUGAGUCUGCAAGAUCCAUGCAUAGUGGAAUUAGUGGCCAUCCUAUUGACGAUCCACGUGUUAUGGGCAUCGGGGGAUCCGACCCACUAGCUUUUAAAAACAGGAAUGUUGGAAUGGUAGGUGGCAGACCAGAAGCUACCCUUCCUCCGGAUGCUAGCAGUACGUUGUUUGUAGAGGGUUUGCCUGCGGAUUGUACAAGAAGAGAGGUGUCACAUUUAUUCCGCCCUUUUUUAGGUUACAAAGAAGUUAGGCUGGUACCAAAAGGAUCAAGACAUGCUGGAGGCGAUCCUUUGAUUCUUUGCUUUGUUGAUUUCGUAAGUCCCCUUCAUGCAGCUACUGCAAUGGAUGCCUUACAAGGUUAUAAAUUCGAUGAGCAUGAGCGUGAUUCAGUCAGCUUAAAGCUGCAAUUUUCUCGCAAUCCUGGUGCUAGGUCAGGUGGAGGGCAUCGUGGAAAACGUUGAAACUAUGUGUAUUUACAGGACUUGCCCAAGUUCGGAGAUAUAUAAUACUUAGCGACGUUAUGCCGGCUUUGCAGUUUCGUGUGCGAUGUGUUUCUCUGAUCGGGCGCUUUCGUUAGGACCACCUUGAAACUGCUGGGUUUUAUUUUUUUCGGGGGAGGAAGUGGUAGUUGCUAAGAAUGCGUUUAGCUUUCGUUUCAACCUCAACUUUACUGGACCCCAUGUGUUGUUAAAUUUUAUAUCUGGAUGGGCGAGAGAUGAUUUUACCUCGAAUCUUGCGCAUAGAAUGUUAAUAACGUACCUGUAAUAUUAAGUCAACCUGCUCGUUAGCAGUUUGAAAAGUUGCUUGUCUGAUCAUGCCAUGAAUCAUUUGAAUUCCUUUUUAAAUUCGCUACAAGUUAUGAUCAAGUAGACAUUCGAGGG